AUGGCUUUGAUACUCAUGGUAGCCUUGUGGGCGAUCAAGGUCUCCUUUUGCCUUGCACUGUACAAGGUUGUCCAUCGGACAGUAUAUACCGCCAGCGUCGUCGGCGUCGCCGUCGUCACCACGGCUGUGACGUGUUUUGAAUGCCUGUGGACUGUGUUUUUCUGUAAGCCAGUGCAGGCAUUUUGGCUCUCAAGAGACCCUGCGUUCUGCAAAAAUCCUACGGCCUGGUUGAUAUCCAUGACAAGCGCCGCAACGAUAAUCCGAAUGGUCUACAACGGAGACAUAAAGGAUCCCACGCGGAACUUCCUAGUCUCAAACCUGGCGCUGUGGAUGAGUAUCGAAGUUGGAGUCAGUAUCAUCUGCACUUCGGCGGUAGCUUUAAAGCCACUAUUGAAAAAGGCUCGUAUCAUCCAGGGCUCUAACCGGCCGGCUGAUCCAGCGACAUUGGUGCUAGGGCCAAAUGAUCAACAGAUCGAGUAUGAUGUUGACUUUUCAUUGACGUGGUCCGAUAGCCAGCAGCAGGGUAUCGCGUUGGAAGCGAGGGCGAGCAAUCGGGAGAGGGAGUUGUCGGUAGAGACCCUUACGCCGAUGGGGAAGGCGACGAUGGAAUACUUGUAG